AUGACCGACAAAUUCACGUUCGAAUCAUCUACGAAGCUCAAGGCUGAUGGCAGUACCGCGUAUCGUAUUGCCCCAGGAGUGUACGCAUCCGACCGCAACGAGGCGGAUGAUCUUGUUGCGCUCUCCUACAUCCAACUCAGCAUCCACGGCGACCACCUAAAAUACACGCACGCCUCGUCCAAGACUUACCAAACGUGGGAAGCCCUCCGCGCCAUCUAUGAAGCGCAUCCGAAGUGA